AUAAGAGAAGUUUCCAUUAAGUCGCUAGAAAAUUCUAUAGCUACCACACCCAUUAUCCUUCGUCACUCCAACCCCAUAAAUUGUUUUUCUAAAAAUGGACUUAAAUGAAGUCAACGCAAUUCAAAGGAAGGCUAUUUGAGUAAUUCCAACCAAUUGCUAAAAAGGAAAAUAGAAAUAGAAAUAAAAAAUAAUAUGCCACGCGUCGACGUGUAAACGUUAACGUGUCUUCCCGGACAAGUCCCGAUAACGGCGUUACGUGCUCCGUCUUCUUCCACGAAUUUACUCGCACCCGCGGCGGCUCCUCUCCUCUACUCUAUAUAUUCUUCUUCAUCGCCGACUUUAUCAAAAAAUUACUUGAUCAAUGUUCUAAAAUUUCCUGAACAAAGAAAAAAAAAAAAAGAUAAAUUCCAAUUCCAAGUUGCCCAUCUUGUGGUUGGUUAUAACGAGUUCGAUCUCUCUGUUGAAGAAUCUGAUUCUUUGGUAAAUGUAAAAAUGGUGGCUGAAGCUGAGGUUGUUGUUUGUUCGAAGAGCCUCCCGGUUUUGGAGGUCCCGUAUUUUGGUAAAGAGACUUGUCUUGUUGAUGAAAUUGAGUCCAUCGAUGGUGGGAUUUCGAUUGAUCCGACUCUUGAUCGUGUUCGUGCUUUCGAGUCGGUUUGUUCCAGUUCUCAAUCGGAUAAACCCAUGAAGAAAAUUCCAGACUCCGAGGUCGAUACGGCCAACGGAAGGGAAUUUCCGAGCCUCCGGUCGGGGAGUUUUGCUGAUAUUGGACCUAGGAGAUACAUGGAAGAUGAACAUAUAAGGAUAGAUGAUUUAUCUUCACACUUAGGAUCGUUCUUCAAGUUUCCCAAGCCAAGUGCUUUCUAUGGGGUAUUCGAUGGACAUGGAGGUCCUGAAGCUGCAGCUUAUAUCAGAAAGAAUGUUCUUAGACUCUUUUUCGAGGAUGUUAGUUUCCCUCAAAUUCCAGAUAUGGAUGAGAUCUUGCCGGAGGAGAUUGAAACUUGCCUCCGAAAAGCAUUUCUUCUUGCUGAUCGAGCUCUUGCUGAUGAUUCCAGUGUCAGUAGCUCGUCCGGGACGACGGCCCUGACAGCUCUUGUUCUUGGAAGGCUUUUAAUGGUGGCAAAUGCUGGAGACUGCCGAGCAGUUCUCAGCCGGAAUGGAGAGGCAGUAGAUAUGUCCCAAGACCACCGGCCGAUUUAUUCUCUGGAGAAGCAACGAGUAGAAGAGUUGGGUGGCUAUGUUGAUGGUGGCUAUCUCAAUGGCGUUUUAUCGGUUUCUAGGGCCUUGGGGGAUUGGGACAUGAAGCUCCCAGAUGGUACACCUUCUCCUCUCAUUGCAGAACCAGAAUGCAGACAGAUGGUUCUUACAGAAGAGGAUGAGUUCUUGAUCAUAGCCUGUGACGGGAUAUGGGACGUGAUGUCAAGCCAGCAAGCAGUCAAUGUAGUUCGACAGGGACUUCAACGCCACGACGACCCUGAGCGCUGUGCAAGAGACCUUGUCCUGCAGGCAUUGCGAUUAGACUCGUUCGAUAACCUAACUGUUGUUGUUGUUUGCUUCUCCAGUUUCCAUCCCGGCAAUUCUCCACUACCACAGCAGCGGAAGUUACGAUACUGCAGCCUCUCAGCACAGGCUCUUUGUAGCUUGCAAAAAUGGUUGGAUAACAGUGGAUGUCAAUGAGUGUAAUUGCUUUCCUGUAAAACCUCUCAUUUGUAACAACAGAUUGAAGAGUUCAGUAACUGCAAUCUCAUUUAUUGUGAUGUAAAUAAUUUUCUGUGAUACCAUCAACUGUUCUUCAGGUUGCAGAUUAUGUAUGAACACAUAUCAAUAAAUCAGCUGGACUCGGCAUAUUUUUGUAAAGUAAAUGAGAUUCUUCAGUAAAACAGAUUAUUGUGUUCAA